UUAGUUGUCCUAAUGGAUAAGUGUUUUCCGAAAUGGGAGACACUCUGAAAUAUUUUGCGUACGGCUCUAAUUUGCUGGCUGAGCGGCUCUGCAUUGGAUCGUGUCCAUCUGUGAAAGUUUCCGAUUCAUUUGUGAAGUGUGGAAAGAUAAAUGGCUGGUAUUUAGAGUUUGCAAAUCCUGGACAUGAAAGUCUUUGGAUGGGAGGAUCUGCCACUAUUAAGAAAGGAUCAUCAGAAGCAGUUGUUUGGGGAGCCAUUUGGAAAAUUGAUGCUAAUGAUUUGAAGAAUCUGGAUUUUCAAGAAUGUGUCCAUGAAGGACUCUAUUAUCGAGUUAAGUCUCCUGAAGAUAUUUUAAUAGUUGACUCAGAAAAUCAACCGAUUGAUUGCUAUACCUACAUAAUGAACGACAGAGCGAUGCUAUCGAAACCAUCGCCUCAGUAUAAACAUGUUAUUCUCUGUGGAGCUAAGCAGAUAGACCUGCCAAUUGAAUACAGGGAAAAUGUUUUGGAAGCUAUUGAGACUAAUGAUAAUGCUGAGGUGAAAAUUAAUUUGUCUGUACUUCCCAACGGGAAAGUUCCUGUUUUCCGAUCAGUUUAAGUUCAGAUAGAACUAAUGGUUUUGUGUAAAAGUUGCAAACUAACACUAUCUAAUAAAUUGUAUAUUUGAGACUUGAAAA